AUGUCGAACCGUGUAUACACCAACAUCAGCAACAUUGGCCCAAUCUCAGCCGCCGCCGCGGUCACUACAUCCUCGGUCCACGAAUACAUCUGUCUAUACACACACGACCUGAAACGUAAGACGAAGCGAUGGCAGGACGGCAAACUAUGCUACCACGUAUUUAACGGUCGGGUGGUGGUAUACGACGACAGAGGCGGUAUAGUAGGCGACUCGCACGUGGCGGGGAGACCGACGUCCCUCGACGAGGGGGAGGAAAUGGCUCUCGAUCGCGGGGGUGCCAUUGUGCAGAGAGGUGGAGAAACGAAGGAGGGAGGCUGCGCAGAAGCAGAAGCAGAGGCCGGCACCGGUGGCAGUGGCCGUGGCUUCCCCUGCCCAGCCGCUAAGUACGAUCUUGAGCACCACACCUGGGCGCAUUGGAAGGGCCGUCAUCCCCAAGGAAUCGCCCUACGAACAACGACAGAAACAACUGCAGCAGCAGGAGGAGGCACGAGGAGAACCGCCGCCAAGCAAGAGGGUCAGGACAAGUCCGCCGGAAAAAUCGACGCAUGCGAGGGGUCUGUUUGGGACGCAGCUUAA